AUGACGGACUGCGCAGCGCCCGCCGAAGGGCCGCACGUGUGGGCCCAACAUGGCGAUUCAGAGAGGCUGCACGCCUGGAUUGAGGGUGGUGGCGAUGCCAACAUACGAGAUCCCGAGGGGAUCACGCCGCUGCACUGGGCUGCCAUCAAUGGGCAUGUCGCCUGCUGUCGCACGCUGCUUGAGCGCGGCGCAGACGUGCAUGCCAUUGGUGGUGCACUGCGUGCCACGCCCCUGCAUUGGUGCGCAAGGAAUGGGCACACCCAGGUUUUAUCGCUCCUCAUUGAGCAUGGUGCAGACCCGCUGAUCAAGGAUGGACAGGGUUUUCACUGCCUGCAUCUCGCGACGCAGAGCAGUCUGGUGAUGGCUGUUUUGUAUUUUUUGCAGCUAGACGUCUUUGGUCCUGACACCCACCUAGACAGUCGCGAUGCACAAGGGCACACAGCGCUCAUGUGGGCUGCUUUUCAGGGCGACGCACUUUCGGUUGAUGUCCUGCUCAAGUAUGGCGCACGACUCGACACUGUCGACGACGACGGACUGACACCCCUCCAUUGGGCUGUCGUGAAUGGGAGUGCAUUGUGUGUACAGCGCCUUGUCGCCGCCGGAAGCCGUCUGGACACGCGCGAACGCGCAGGAAAGACUCCCUGCGAGCUGGCCCACGAGCUAGGCACGUCACUCGCGUUCCGCCAGGGCAUGGCAAACAACCUGCUCGACGAGUCCGGAGCACCUCAGGCGUCACGCAUGCCGCCUGUGCUGAAGGAGGCACUUGUUUUUCUCGUGCCGCUAGCCCUGUACAGUCUCACCUUCCUCCUCUCAAGCUUCGCGCCGUGGUUCUUGGCGCCGUUCGUGUUUGUUCUAGGUCUCCUCUUUACGCAUGUGCUCAUUGCCCACUUCCUUCUUGGAUGCCGAUCACCACGGCAGCUGCACAGCACGCGGUACUUCCUCUCGUUAUUAUGCCUGUCGCUCGUAUGGGCAGCUCUGGGCCUUGUCUCUAUCGCGCACGGCCCGGUCCGGCCCAGCGUUCUCUUGGGCCUUGGAGCCAUGCUGCUAUUUGUGACGGGAUCGCUGACAUUCUGUGUGUUCAUGUCGCCUGGUGCUUGUGUCCAGCCAGCAUCCGUCGCGCAGCGCCGCUCGCAAGUGCUGAGCUUGGCGCAGCAUGGCCAGCUCAAUGGUCUUUUCUUCUGUGUGUCGUGUCUCGCGCGGAAACCGCUUCGAGCAAAACACUGUUACGUGUGCAAGAUGUGUGUCGCGCGCCACGACCACCACUGCCCUUGGAUUGCCAACUGUGUGGGCAUCAGGAACCACCGUGCCUUCCUGGCCAUGCUCCUCGCUACGCAGGUGGCUCUUCCCUGGUACCUAUGGGAAGUCGUACGCUUCUUCCGGGUACAAGUGCCUGCUUCUCUGGUACGUGCCCAGACGUGUCCCUUCCCUCACGCCUGUGCUGCCGUCCAGGUUGACGGAAUGCUGUACUUCUCGGCAGUAUGGCUACUCAUCACCGAGACAUGGCUCUUUAUCCUCACCCUGUUCCAGCUGUACCAGGUGGCCUACCAGUUUACGACAUUUGAGCGCAGUAACUUAUCUCGCCACGGCUACAUGGGCGGCCGCCCUGAUGCCGGCAUGCAGUGCCAGACUGGGUAUAUGCGGCAACAGCGCGAGCAUCUCGCAGCACAGGGUCUCUCGCCCGCAGAGAUCCACCGCAUUCUGCAUGGACGCUCUGCGCCGCGGCGUGGCUGGUGCGGUUCACUAUACCGGAGCGGCUCGGCUCUGCUGGCGCUGGUGGGCCUAGAACUGUACACGCGUCCUCGGCAGGCCGUGGACCCCUCGAGAAAUCCCUUUGACGGCGGAUGCUUCGCCAACUGCGCCGAGUUCUGGACUGCUGGCAGAUACUCGCACACCGACUAUACUUCGCUGUUUGAGGUCCCUGAGCUCGACUCGAAAAAGGACAGGUAA